AUGAAAGUCUACAAAACCAUUUACAGACCUAUACUAACGCACGGCUGUGAAUCAUGGGUAUUAACGGAACAAGAAAAGAGCAAAAUCAGAGCAACAGAAACGAAGUAUCUGAGAAGAGUGAAAGGCAUUACAAGGAGAGAAAAAAUCAGAAAUGUAGUAAUAAGAGAAGAAUUGGAAAUAGAAUCGAUAGAAGAAUAUAUUGAGAAAAAACAACUAGCGUGGUGGGGACAUCUACAAAGAAUGAAAAACGGAACACAGGUCAAAAGGAUAUGGGAGUCCAAAGCUCAAGGGAAAAGGAAAGUAGGGCGACCAAUACAGACGUGGGACAAUGUUGUUGGAAACAUUUUGAAGAAGAGAAGAAAAACGUGGCCAGAAGCUAAGGACUUAGCACAAGAAAGAAAGGAAUGGAAGAAAUUUAUAAACAAUAAUUAUUAUUAA